GAGAGACCAUAAGAGACAAAGAGACAAAAAGAGUGUGAGCGAACAGAUAAGUGAAGCCUACGAGAGGCAGCACCUGACAGACAGCGGAGGGCGACUGUGGCUGGGUGCCCUAGCACCCACACCGUCCUCUUGCCCCUGUCCUUGGGACACCCGAGCUGUCCUUGAUGGAGGAGGGCAGGCCUCGGAGCAGCCUCAGCCUGGCCAGCAGCGCCUCUACCAUCUCCUCGCUCGGCAGCUUGAGCACCAAGAAGGCCACCCGGGCAGUAAGCAAGGUGCACGCCUUCGGGAAGAGAGGCAAUGCGCUCAGAAGGGAUCCCAAUCUCCCCGUGCACAUCAGAGGCUGGCUGCAUAAGCAGGACAGCUCUGGGCUCCGGCUCUGGAAACGCCGCUGGUUCGUCCUGUCCGGCCAUUGCCUCUUCUAUUACAAGGACAGCCGUGAGGAGAGCGUCCUGGGCAGUGUGCUGCUCCCCAGCUACAAUAUCAGGCCAGAUGGGCCAGGAGCCCCCCGAGGGCGGCGCUUCACCUUCACGGCGGAGCACCCGGGCAUGAGGACCUACAUCCUGGCUGCAGACACUCUAGAGGACUUGCGGGGCUGGCUUCGCGCGCUGGGCCGGGCCUCCCGCGCCGAGGGGGAUGAUUGUGGGCGACCCAGGUCACCUGCACGUCCCCAGCCAGGGGAAGGCCCUGGCGGCCCUGGUGGGCCUCCGGAGGUGAGCAAAGGGGAAGAGGGGCGCAGCUUAGAGUCGUCGGAAGUGGCUCGGCUUUCCAGAGAUCGUGGCCGCCCCGGGCUGCUCACUCCCAGUUCCACCGCCGACCUCCAGUCUGGACCCGGGGUUCAGAGGACCAGGAGCCCUGACUUGUUCGCUCCCCUCUCUCGUCCUCCCUCCCCUCUGAGCCUCCCCCGGCCCCGUUCUGCUCCUGCACGCAGACUCCCUCCCUCCGCAGGUGACACUGCACUCCCGGGCAGACCCCAUACCCCGCUGAGUCGUGUGGACGUGCGCCCUCCCUCGGAUUGGGGCCCCCAGCGCCAGACCCUCUCUCGGCCUCCCACUCCCCGCCGGGGACCCUCCACCGAGGCUGGGGGAGGAAGGCCUCCCAGGAGUCCCCAGCACUGGAGUCAGGAGGCCAGGACGCAGGCCCCCUCUGGCUCCUCCACUUAUAUCCAGCUCCCCCCAAGACCUCCUGGGACUCAGGCUUCCAUGGUUUUAUUGCCAGGUCCUCCCCUGGACUCCUCCUUCCACCAAAGCUUGGAGACAGAUACUCUGUUGACCAAGUUGUGCGGGCAGGACCGGCUCCUGAAGAGGCUGCAGGAGGAGAUAGACCAGAGACAGGAGGAGAAGGAGCAGCUAGAAGCAGCCCUGGAGUUGACCAGGCAGCAGUUGGGCCAAGCAAGCAAAGAGGCUGUGGCUCCCCGGAGGGCCUGGGGGCGUCAGCGCCUCCUGCAGGACCGACUGGUCAGUGUGAGGGCCACUCUUUGUCAUCUGACUCAGGAGCGAGAGCGGGUUUGGGACACGUACAACGGCCUGGAGCAGGAGCUGGGCACCUUGAGAGAGACCCUUGAGUACCUGCUGCACCUUGGGUCCCCCCAGGACAGAACAUCUGCUCAGCAGCAGCUGUGGAUGAUGGAAGACACACUGGCAGGUCUGGGGGGCCCUCAGAAACCACCCCCCAACACUGAGCCUGACUCCCCUUCUCCAGCACCGCAGGGCGAGGAGUCUCCAGAGAGGGAGAGCCUGCCUGAGUCCUUGGAACUGAGCUCACCCCGGUCCCCCGAGGCUGACUGGGGGCGGCCUCCCGGAGGUGACAGAAACCCUGCCAUCCCUCGCUCAGGUCUGGGAUCUCCAAGGAUCUCACAGGCUUCCAGCCCUGAGGGUCGAUGCCCCCCUUCCCCACAGCCAGGAACCAAGGCCCCCCUGGCCCGGCCCCGGAUGAGUGCUCAGGAGCAGCUGGAAAGAAUGCGGAGAAACCAGGAGUGUGGGCGGCCUCUCCCUCGCCCAGCCUCUCCCCGGCUCCUCACUCUGGGGAGGACGCUGUCCCCAGCCAGAUGCCAGCCUGAUGGGGAACAAAGGCCUGUCCUAGGACAGGGGGGAGCCCAGAAAUGGCUAAGAAGCUCUGGGUCCUGGAGCAGCCCGAGGAACACCACCCCUUAUUUACCUACAUCGGAAGGGCAUCGGGAGCGAGUUCUCAGCCUCUCUCAAGCUCUAGCCGCUGAGGCCUCGCAGUGGCACAGAAUGAUGUCAGGAGGAAAUUUGGACUCAGGAGGAGAACCUCUUCCGCCGGUGCCACCGCCUCCCGCAAACCCCAAACCCCAGGUGACCUCGCCCCCGAGAUCUCCGGUGGCCAAUUCCCGCUCCACUGGAUUCUCCCGCCGAGGCAGUGGGCGAGGCGCAGGCCCCGCCUCCUGGGAGCCCACGUGGGAUUCGGGGCCCGCCCCUCCCGCCCUGACCCAAGACGAGGGGGCGUGGCCUUUGCGAGUCACUCUGCUGCAGUCCAGCUUCUGA